AUGUCAGAACAAGAACCCAUCGAGGUCUUCCAGGUCCCAACACCGACCCUUCCGGCUGCCGUGCUACCCGACUCGUAUAAUGCAUACCGUGGACAGGACACCCCACUCAUCAUCGACAACGGCGCAUCCCAAUUACGUUUUGGGUUUUCCCUAUGUCCUUCCAUCACGCCCCAUGUUGUAUCCAAUGUCGUGGCACGGUACAAGGACCGCAAGACCAACCAGCCACUGCUGUUAUUCGGAGACGGCAUCGAUGCGGACAGCGGAGCCAAAGGUCAAGUGCGUACGCCAUGGGAGGGUGAUGUACUCCUCAAUUUCGAUGCACUGGAACAUGCCUUAGAUUGCGCGUUCAUCACAUUGGGGAUCGACACGGACACCGUUGACCACCCCGUGUUAAUGACAGAGCGGCUCGCGUCUCCACUACACUUCUCGAGCCCCACACUGGCAGUCACGUCCGAACUCAUGUUUGAACAAUAUUCCGUCCCAUCGCUGGCGUUUUGCAUCGAUGCCCUCAUGUCGUUCUACUACAGGUACCAACGGCCAAAAGUACCCUUCGAUGUCGAUGGCUUGGCCAUCUCCUUCAACACCGCAUCGACGAGCAUCAUUCCUAUUCUCAACGGCAAGGGAAUACUGAGCCAUGCGAAGCGAAUACCAUGGGGAGCCCAACAGUCAACCGAGUAUCUCCUGAAACUCAGCCAGCUAAAAUACCACAACUUUCCUACGCGAGUCACUACUGCACAGGCAUCGUGGAUGCUGCACAAUUUCUGUGAAUUCUCGCCCGACUACCAGACAACCCUUCGUUCGCUCCGCGACCCCAAUUCAAUGCGAGCAGCUGCCCGCGUUGUGCAAUUCCCAUUUACGGUGCUCGUGACGGAGGAAAAGACUGAGGAAGAACUCGCGCGCAUCGCGGAGCGGAGAAAGGAACAAGGCAAGAAGUUACAGGAAAUGGCUGCGAAGAACCGCAUGGAGAAGCUCCUGCAGAAAGAGAACGACCUCCGGUACCUACUUAAUCUGCGGGAGAACCAGGGCGACAACAAACGCGAGUGGCAGAAUACUCUGCUGGAGGAAGGCUUCGACGACGACGCGGCGCUGGAUGAGACGAUAAAGAAACUUGAACAAGACCUCAAGAAGGUACGCAAGAAGGAAUCGGAAGGUCAAGAUGAACCUACGGAAGAACCGACUUUUACCCUCGUUGACGUUCCCGACGCAGAACUCGAUGAGGAGGGACUAAAGGAAAAGAAGAAACAAAAACUUCUCAAGGCUGGGUUUGAAGCGCGUGCUCGGGCGCGCAGGGAAAAAGAAAAGGAACGAGAAGAACGGGAAGCGGAGGAACGUUGGGCUGGAAGGCUGCGCAAGGAACAAGAGGCGAUCAUGAGCAGGAUUAAGGAGCGUGAACGUCGCAAAGCUGCCCUUUCGGAUAGGAAGAGUGCUGUUGCGCAGGCACGGAUGAAGAACAUCGCUUCCCUUGCUGCAGACGAUCGAGUAUCAAAGAAGAAGAGGAAGGCUGGUACAGAGGAUAUGUUUGGCGCUGAUGACGAAGAUUGGGCAAUAUAUCGUAAAAUCAAUACAGCUGCACCAUCCUCUGACGAAGAAGACGACAUCCAACAGCUGCAGCUCGUUGAAUCGAAGCUCCUUGCACAUGACCCGACCUUUACCACUCAACAUACACAUGCGUCACGUACAGCCGCACGCUCUGCGCUACUUUCUGCUUUCCGACCACAGUAUGGUCCUGGUGAUGUUGCUGGUGCUGCAAGAAUCCACCUCAACACCGAACGCUGGCGUGUCUGCGAAACAUACUUUGCUCCGUCGAUGGCAGGAGUUGAUGCUGCUGGAAUUGGCGAGGUUUUGCAGACUGUCCUUGCGAGGUUCACGGACGCAGAAAAGGCGCGGUUAGUAAAAAACGUGUAUACUACUGGUGGUCCCUCUCAAUGGAACUCCCUUCCCGUCGAGACGGCCCAAGAUGCCGCGAUGGAUGCGUGGAGGGGAAUGGCGACCUUUGCAAACACGGAGGAAUUCAAAGAUGUAGGGGUUACUCGACAGCAAUACGAGGAGUGGGGCAGCGAGCGGAUAAAGAGAUGGUGGGGUGGGAACUGGAAUGCUGCCCAAUAG